UGGCGCUUUGCGUAGCUGAAGCCUGAAGUCUGGAGGAAGCGUUUCAGGCUUGCCAGUCAUCGAAGGCGUUUGGAGGGCUGUACGUGUGAAUUGUACAUAAAAAAAGGAGCGGAUUAUGACAGAGGAAAGAAGGAGUCGAGAUAUUCGUCAAGGAAAACAAAACAUUCGUGGCUCAGAUAAAGCCGUCAACAUUCUCGGACAGUGAACAAUGCAUGACCUGACUGCCCAAGUCACCAGCAGCCUGCUGCCAUUCCCAGGAGUGACUGUAGAUGCUCUGGGAGAGGAUGAGAUCACUUUGGACUCUGUGCUUCAUGGGAGGUUCACUACUGGUCGUGGUGGGCUGGCUUGGAUGGCCUGUGGCCCCCAGCUGGAGGUUGUCAGUGCAGUGACAGGAGAGCGGCUGUCUGCAUACUGCUUCAGCGGUGGAGGGGAACACCUACCUGGUGUCCUUGCUGCAAGAGAUUUCAGCUGGCUCAAACGGACUGGAUUGCUUGUUGGCUUGGAGGAAUCAGAGGGCAGUGUGCUGUGUCUAUAUGACUUGGGACUGUCGAGGGUAGUCAAAGCUGUGGUUAUACCAGGCAGGAUUACCGCCAUUGAGCCGUUAGUGAGUUAUGGCGGAGCAAGCGCCUCCACCCAGCACCUCCACCAGAGUCUGCGUUGGUUCUUUGGCAUUGCCGCCGUCGUAACUGAUCUUGGUCACGUCCUGCUAGUGGACCUGUGUCUCGAUGACCUGUCCUGCAGCCAAAGUGAGCUAGAGGCUUCAGACCUGCAGGUAGUGACCAAAUCUCCAGGAGAGAUCCCCAGGCUUAGAGAAGUCAGUAAUCGACAGGGCAGACAUCUUUGCCUCCAGCUAAAUGGGCCCAGUGGAGUUGGAGCUACAGCUCUGCAGUACAUCCCCAGGACCAACCACCUGGCUGUGGGAUUUUCUGAUGGAUACUUGCAGUUGUGGAACAUGAAGUCUCUAAAAAAAGAAUACCACUCCCAGUUAGAUGGUGGCAGGGUGCCUGUGCAUGCCUUUACCUUUCAGGAGCCAGAAAAUGACCCCAGGAACUGCUGCUAUCUCUGGGCUGUCCAGUCUUCUCAGGACCUUGAGGGUGAUAUGGUCAGCCUCCGCCUACUUCAGCUGGCCUUCAGUGAACGAAAGUGUCUAGCUUCUGGGAAGAUCCUCUAUGAGGGUCUGGAGUACUGUGAGGAGCGUUACAGUCAGGAGUUAAGUGGUACAGCAUUUCCUCUCAGGGCUCAGACCACUAACACCCGCCUGCUCAGUUGCCAGACCAUCGAGAAGUUCCGACCCCAUCCUGACAGGGAUGACAGCAUGAAUGAAGUUUCAUCUCCAGACACCAGUGUGUCUAUUUUCAGCUGGCAAGUUAAGGCCUACGGUCAAGGCACCCCGUCCACCUUUAUCGGAGUUUUUGACAUUAACCGCUGGUACCACGCACAAAUGCCGGACUCAUUAAGAACGGGGGAGUCUCUGCACAAUUGUCCCUACCUGGCAGUUUGGUCUCUGGACCCAGUGGUGCAGAUGGUGUCUCCUCACAUCCUGCUGGAUGUGGUUGUGCAUGAGCGCAGCCUGAGCAGGGGCAUGCCCUUAACCUGCCCCCCACCAGAACAAUACUUUAACUCUACCACGUACAACUUUGAUGCUACCUGCUUGCUUAACUCUGGAAUUGUGCACUUAACCUGCUCUGGGUAUCAGAAAGAGACCCUGAGCUUUUUGAAGAAAGCUGCUCCUUGUUCCAGUGACAUCAUCUCCACUAGCUACUCACGCUGCCUCAUGUCCGGCCUACUCUCAUCUCGCCUGGCUGACACCCAGGCCUCCAGCCUCUCUCAGGAGGAGCAGCUGGAUGCCAUCUUAUCCACAGCUGUAGAGACCAGCUCUUUGGGACUUAUUACUGGCUGUAUCAAGCAGUGGACUGCAGAGGAACAACCGGGCUCUGCACUGAAUCUACGUUACAUCCUGGAUUGGGCUUGGAACAAAGUAGUCCAGACCAAGGAGGAACUGGAUGGCAUCUGUGCACCACUGUUUGACAGCUCAUCCAACUUCACAGACCCUCAGACCAUGCAGCUGCUACAGCACAGCCAGAGACUGCUGGGUAACCUCAGUACGAUCUUCCACUGUCUGCUCAGUGAAGCUCAGGAGCUCACCCAAAAAGGUCUCUUGGGUCUGAUUAACAAGAACAUGGUGUCCAGUCUAAUUUCCAAGUAUGCUGAAGUCGUCCUCUGGUUCUGUCGCACAGGCCUGCUGCCUGAGGGAUCAGACGAUGACGCUCUCCAGAUCUCCAGGCCUUUUUACACCCACUCAGUCAUCAGCAGCUAUUAUACUAUUCGCAGAGAGGAGCUCACCAGGCUGGCUAAGAGCAAGUGGUGUGCAGACUGCCUGAUGAUUGAUGGUUUGGUUGGCCAGUGUGGUGAACACUUGACCAACCUGUGGAAAAGGGAUGAAGGUGGGACAGGGCAAUACCCACCACCUACAUUGCAUGCCUUGCUGGAUAUUUAUCUACUGGACAGCAUCGACGAAGCCGUCAAACAUGCAAUUGUGAUUUACCUGCUGCUGGAUGUCAUGUACUCCUUCCCUAAUAAGGAGGGAGCAUCAGUUGAGUCUUUCCCCACAGCGUUUGCGAUCCCUAUUGGACUGGUCAAACUAGUGCAAGGCCUCUGGCUGCUGGACCAUCGUGACCACCAGAGUUCCUUCGAGCGGCUUCUGCAUCCUGCCGCUUCUCAGUGUCAUUUUGAGUGGCAGCACGAGCGUGUCUUGCAAGCCCUGAUGUGCCAGGGUCAACACUCGAUGGCACUACGAUACUUCCAUGUAACAAAGUCCCCAAUAUCAUCCACCUCCCAGGCAAAACUCUGUCUCUCUGUACUGCUACACAACAGGUGUCUCAUAGAGGCGUGGUCAUUACUUCGGCAGCACUCGAACCAUCUCAACAUGAGCGAACUAAUGGGCUUCUUGUAUGAGAGCUGCCAGGAGCUGGGCCUCAUCAAGGAGCUGCUCAAACUGCCCUUGGGCCUCGCUGAACAGGAAUGUUUGGAGAAGUUUCUUCAGGGUACAGGGGGUCUCCAGAACAGAGAACUACUGAUGGUCCAUUACCUUCAGCAGGCCAACUAUAUACCUGCCCUCCAACUCAACCACAGCCUCAAGAUAAACCUAGUGAAUGAGCGAGACCCAAAACUUAAAGAAAGAAGCAACACCAGGAACUCUAUAUUGGAUCAGUAUGGCAAAGUUUUGCCCAGAGUCCAGAGGAAACUGGCAAUGGAGAGGGCCAAACCCUACCAGCAUCCCUUCACCAUCCACAAAGAAGUGUCUCGGCCGCAGCCACUGUCAACCAUCACUAAGCGCUCCACCAGUGAGAAGGUGAUGUCCAGGGCUGGCUUCUUUAACAAUGUUCUAACCAAGAUUGAAGAGGUAUGGUUAGGAAAAGGAGCCACACCACAGUCCUCCCCUGCCAAGAGCUCCAGGGCAGCUGAAAUUUUGAGCCCAAGUCCUAGGCCUUCUUCGCAGGCCCCUCCUGAUCCGUUCCUGGGAACUCCAAUCACCAUGUCCUCCAAACGAAAGUCAAGGCUGAUAGACUUGGUGGUUCAUCCCUCCUGUCUGACCCCUCGGCCUCUUCUCAGCCCUCCCAGAGCCCCCAGCUCUUGGGUUUCUCCAAAAAGCAACAGCAAGGCCCUUGAACUUAGUCUGCUGCAGACACCACAGGUUGUGAAGCGAGCUCGAGCCUUGGCUGCUUCUGGCCCUGUGUUUUCAGCCUACAACCCGCCGUCUAUCCUGCGCAGCAGCCUGAGGCCCACUCCUGUCGGCACCCCGUCUGCAUCUCCAGGGCGCUCUAUCACCCCUCCGCUCCGCAGCAAAGAGAGCAGGAUCACCUUUAUUGAAGAGGCAGCAUCUCCUGAACCAGAAAAAGACAUCUGCUGGACCAAUGGGAUGGCAGCAGACAAUGAGAUUAGCUUGCUGACCAAAGGCUCCACGCUGUCUAAGGCUACACGCAAGACCUGGUCCUUACAGCCUGCUGAGGAGGAAGAAGAUGGAGAUGAGGAAGCGGAACAACCUCGUGUAAAGUUCUUGCCACCUGAGGGUGGAAUUCCCUCACCAGAACUGAGAUGCUCUGAGAGUGAGUCAUCCUCCAUCCAUGAAGUCGCUGAAGAGACUAGACCAUCAGAUACCUCGCAAGCACGUAUUAGCUUAAGCUUUAACACCAGCAAGAUAUCUGUCCAGUCAGCAGACGACACUCUUGAAUACUAUGAUGCACCUCUCUCAGAAGAACAGGAAGGACAAGAGGGACAUACAGUAACAGAUAAGGAAGACAAAGUAGUGAUAGUGAACUUCAAAACUCCAACGGAAGAAGAGGAACCAGAGCAAACUACUGAGCAAACUCCUCUUGUGACAUCAGAAUAUUUACAGAUGGAAGGUCAGGAGCUGAAGGGAAAUGAAACUUUUGAGGACGUGAUGGAGGUCAGUCUUGAACCGGAGGAUAUAAACGAAGAAGUUCAGUCUAAAACGGAGGAAGAAGUUCAGUCUAAAACGGAGGAGGAAGUUCAGUCUAAAACAGAAGAAGAAGUUCAGUCUAAAACGGAGGAAGAAGUUCAGUCUAAAACAGAGGAAGAAGUUCAGUCUAAAACAGAGGAAGAAGUUCAGUCUAAAACAGAGGAAGAAGUUCAGUCUAAAACAGAGGAAGAAUUUCAGUCUACAAUGGAGCUUGAAGUUCAGUCUAAAACAGAGGAAGAAGUUCAGUCUACAAUGGAGCUUGAAGUUCAGUCUAAAACAGAGGAAGAAGUUCAGUCUACAAUGGAGCUUGAAGUUCAGUCUAAAACAGAGGAUGAACAGGAUGUUGAGUCAAGUAGCAAACAAGAAGAUGCUGCAAUUCUUGACCAAGAAGAGAAAUCCAGUAAUGAUCAAGGUUGUAACCAGGUCACUGAGAGCACAGAUUCUUUUGCUGAAGCAGAAUCUGAGGAUCAGCCUGCUAAUAUUGAGGAGGGGCAGGACAUCCAGUCAGAGGCCACCGACUCCACAGAGUUGAUUGAGCACCUGAAACCAUCUGGAUCCACUGAACCCACAAAUGACCUGUUAGAGGAUCUGGAGCAAUCAACAGAUCUGACAGAUUUCGUGCAACAACAUCUGUUUGGCGGUGAUCUGUCUCCUCCUCUCACCCGUUCAGGAAUCCACAGCUCAUCACAGACCCAGACAUUCUUAAACAGUGAGUCCCGAGUCGAUGAUGAAGAGGAUGAGCAGGUCGCUGCCGAAGUUCCCCCAGUGUUCACCAGCCAGAAAUCUACUGCCUCUGUGACCUCUUCAGAGCCAACCGGCACAGACUCCCACUCUGUUGUGAGUGUAAAUGAUAGUGAAGAACUCUCCAGCCCCGCGUCUGACGAGGAAGAUGAUGAUGAGGAAGAGGAGGAUUCUGAUGUUGAAGAUGAUGGUGAGGAGGAAGAGGAGGACUCGGGUAGCGAGGUGGAGAUCAUUGAGGAGGUCCAGGGUAAUGGGAGACUUCCGCCCCUCCAGUCCAGUUCAGUCUUCGUACCCCAAGAACACGCCAACUUCUUGACAACGCUGUCAGAACAGGAGGCUGCAGAGUUUUCUCUGAUUGCACCUGGAGCAGAAAUGAAGAUGGUAGAAGAGGAAAUGGAGGGUGAGGUGGUGAUGGUGAGACUUGGAGCAGAUGAAGGAGAGAUGGAGGCUGAUGAGGAUGAAGGUCAGGGGUCGACCUACAUGCAGCUCAAACCCUCCACCACUCUCCUGGUACCCCUGGAGCUUGUGGAGGAACAACAUGACCUAGUGGAUAGUGCUCAGCUCUGUCUUCCUGAGCUUCAGGAAACCGUUGUGCCCGAGGACCCGAGGUGUGACGCUCAUAGCGACUUCUCUCUCAUGCUAGAUAUGGACGAGGUUGGGGAUAAAGAGGCGGAUAUGUUGUCUAUCAAGAGUGAUCUCCAAUCCACUAACGCUCCCACCCACGCUCCAAUAGUGGAGGCUACUGAUGAACUUGUGGCCAAACCAGAGGUUAUUCUUUUGGGCACAGAUGACCAGGAUGCUCAGUUGUCUGGAGAAGCAUCGGAAGAAGACAUCAGGAAAGAAAUUGACACCUUGGCUGGAAUUGAGCUUGAUAGUCCAACAAACUCAGAACUCCAAACCGACCUACAGAAUGAACACACUGAGACAAACCAGAAGGUGGAAGAUGCUGAAGAGCAGAUGGAUGCUGGGUUAGUAGAGUUGGCUGAAGAUCCAGAACCUGCGACUCUGUCAGUCUCUGAUCCAACUCCAGUGGAGGAACUCCCAGCAGUUGCAGAUGGCAAGGAUAGUGAAGAUCUUGCGGAAAUGAAAGUUGAUGCUGUAGAGGAGAAAGUAGAGGAGGAGGAGGACAAACCAACACCUGCCGAAGAUCAGAAAGAGCCAGAAGAGAACGGGCUUGUUGAGAUGGAAGAAGUUGCCCACAGUGCAGAGACGGCGACCUCAGUGGAGGAGGAGGAGCAGCAGCAGGACUACGGAUCCUCAGCAGACACAGAAGAGGAUAACAAGGAAGAAGAGAAAGAGCCAGAAGAGAACGGGCUUGUUGAGAUGGAAGAAGUUGCCCACAGUGCAGAGACGGCGACCUCAGUGGAGGAGGAGGAGCAGCAGCAGGACUACGGAUCCUCAGCAGACACAGAAGAGGAUAACAAGGAAGAAGAGAAAGAGCCAGAAGAGAACGGGCUUGUUGAGAUGGAAGAAGUUGCCCACAGUGCAGAGACGGCGACCUCAGUGGAGGAGGAGGAGGAGCAGCAGCAGCAGCAGGACUAUGGAUCCUCAGCAGACACCGAGGAGGAUAACAAGGAAGAAGAGAAAGAGCCAGAAUCUAAAAGUAGAACAAGGGGAAGAAGGAGAAAAGAUGAAGAUGUUGAAGAGGAGAAACCUGUGCAGCAGCCAGAGGAACAGCCUGUGCCAGAGACCCCCACCUCUCAAAGGAAGAAGAAAGCUCCUUCUACCCCUACAAGGAGGACCACAAGAGGGAGGAGGACUGUUACCUUUAUUUCUCUCCUUCCAGAGGAGGUAGAGGUGUCAGAGGAGGAUGGUAAUGUAGAGGAGGCAGAAACGAGCUCAGUGGUCACUGCCUCGCCUACUCGCAGAAGGGGUAGACCGAAAAAAGAAACAAUAGUCCAACCCAGCCCAACUCGAAGAAGUACCCGCAGAGCUCAGCUCGAGCCUCCUACAGAUGAGGCUGAGCAGGUGGAGGCCAUGGACAACGAUACUGCAGUUGCAAGUACCUCCACGGCCUCUUCGCCAGGCAGACAACGCGUUUCACAGAGAGCCGCUCCAAGGACAAGCAGUCAAAGGACUCAAAGGGGUAGUGAGGAGGUGCCUGCAGCCACAGAAGCUAAAAUUGAAGUGGAGGAACAAGAGGAUGAGGUCACAGAUAGAAAGGUUUCUCGGCGAACAAGCUCCAAGACUCCCACCCCAGCCAAACGCAGAACCACUCAGGAAAACACUCCGAGGAGGUCUAGCAGAAGAAUAUUGAGCAGCAGUGAGGUGACGCAAACACCAUUAGCGAUGGUGAAAGAGGAGAAGGAACAGGACGAGGAGGUCUUCGCUUCACCUGUCAAACGCAGCACCAGAAAAAUUAAGAUGGAACCACUGGAGCCUUCACUGCAGGAGGAGGAAGAGAGCAAGAAACGGCAAAUGUCCAGCCCCGGCAGGACAACUCGUCAGUCCAACCGUAUCUCCCUGAAUGUUUAUCCACAAGUGAAACUGGUUCCUGUAUCACUUCCUCAGAGUGCAAGGAAGAUGAGAGAAGAGAACAUAAAAGCGAAUGAAGAUGUGCUCGAGCCCAAACUUAACAGCAUUGCUGGUCACACCAACUCCCACCGACCAACUAGAAGCAAACUCUGGGACCACCCAGAGGAAGACCUUCCCUUACUGGAUUCACCAUUGGAGGUGGAUUCUGAAACCCCUGUUGCGGACGCCCUGAUCAAGAGACUCCAGGAUGAGGAAGAGAAGCAGGAAGGAGGAGUCGUCGUCAGAAAGAUGGUUAGAUCCAGCAAGAGGAGUAAAAAGUCAUCAGUGGAGCAGGUCGACUCGCUGCCUCCUGUGAAUGACAGCCUGGUCCCAGAACCUGAAGUAGAUGAGAUUAGCCCAGGCGAGCACUCAUUUAUCUACUCUCCCUCACGAAGAAGAACAAGAGCUCCUAAAGUAGAGUCUCCCGGCCCGAGUGAACGGCUUUCAGCGCCUGUUACUCGCAACAGAAGAAGAGCUGCCUCUGUUACUCCUCAGGAUGAACUUGCUUCAGAACAAGAUGAUGUGGAAGUGGAGAAAGCAGCAAGUGUUUCUAAAACCAGAAAAACUGGCAAACGAACAGCCAAAUCCAAAACUGUUUUGGAGCCGCCUCUGUUGGCAGAGGUGGACCUGAUCUCGCCUCUGCCUAGCCCAGCUGAUCCGCUCCCCAGAGCACAGAAGAGGACUAAGGAAGUAGAGGCCCCAACUUCAAGUGUUAACCUUCGACGAAAACGCAUAAUGGACACCGUUUACACCAAACCCGUCACCCGGAGAAAGAAACUUUAAGGAGGCUGUUUGGUGGUUUAAAACCAGUGAACCUCAGACAGCCCCAUGAAGAUUUGAACCACCUCAGUCAGGAGCUGUCAAAUAAACACGUAAACUCAGAACUCAAAAGCCUCACAGUGCUGCAGUUGUCUUUGUACAUUGGCGUUCCUCCAGGACAAUAAAUUAAAAAUCAAAGUAGGCAUGAAAAUAUUUUUGGUGGACAAAACACACUGGAGGAAGCAGUGUGAGAGAGGACUAUAUAUUUUUGGAGUUUACAUGUCCUGCUUGUAUAAACGUGACAUCACUUGAUACUGUAUCUGUGGCCAUUUUGUGUUGGACAUUUUGCGAUGCUCGUAAUAAUCAGAUUAAUCCUCUGGACGCAGAAUGGCUCAAGGGAAAGCAAUCAAUAUGGGUUUUUUAGAAGCUCCCAUUAAUAAAAUCAGACUGAUCUAAACUUGCCUCUGGAAAAGAGGCUUUAUUUACAUUCUUUUAUUUUAUUUUGUUGUUUUAAGAUUUUUGAGGCCUGCUGUUUUUUCUAUUUAAGAAGAAAAGCAACCAACCCAGUGGAGAUGAAACAUUUCUACUGAUACAUUUGUAUAUAGUCUUUUGCUAUGUUCCAAAUAAAGUUACUAAAUAAAUCCUAAAGAAUUAUGUUCAUUUUGAAGUUUUAAGUGUCUCAAAUGCAUUUGAUCAUCUAAUCAGAUUGCCUAUGCCAUAGUCUUAAAUUUUAAAUUGAUUUGGGGGUGGGGGGUAUUCUGUGAAAGAGUCACAGACUUGUACACUAUUGCCAACAGAUUUGGACUGUUUUUGUAUGUCAUGGAAAUGUUGUACAUUGUAAAAGGAUAAAAAAAAAAGACUUUCACUGCAGUUUGGAGUUGUUACACUUGUUUUGGGAUAUGUUAAUAGGCUUGUUCAAUUAAGUUUAUGGCAACCACCAUCUGAAACAUAGGCUAUUUUCUGAUGAAUGUAUGUAGAAUGUCUUAUUUUUGAUGACUGCUCUUUGAUAAAUAUGGUAAAGCUUGAAUACUUCUCUACUUCUGGUGUGCAGUGAUUGUCUCAAUUCAAUUUGAUGCAUUUUAAGUGUAUGAUUUUUUAAAAGUGUGGGCUGAAUGAACCAACUGCAACACAGUCUUUUUUUUCUGU